GAGAGAAGAGAACGGGAGUUGUGAGAGAGGGUUAGAGUUAUAAAUUAUAACUAAAAGGACUACUUCAGUUUGUCCAGAGUCUGACAAAUUAAGAUUAAAAUUUGAGUUUUUGAUUAGAAAAUAAUAAUCCAUAGAAUCUAUACUUAUAUAUUUUCAAAACUAGAGAUAUCCCACAUUUAUAUUAGAUUUCGCCAUUUCGGACAAAUGCACCCGAAAUGCUUAAAUUUUGUUUUUUUUUUUCUUUAUAAUAUAUUUUUAUUUGAAUGUAUUUAGAGGGAGAUAAUAUCUUGUUUCUUUUUUUUUUAGAUUUAACAAAAAUUACGGGGAAAAAACAACUAGAAUAUAAAAAUUGCCAUUUCUAGCUGAAACAACAUAAAAAAAAAUUCCGAAACCACCCUUAGAGAAUAUAUUGGCGAUGCUUCCUUGCAUAUCUAGGCCCUUGGUAAGGUCGAACACAACACCGCCAUUUUUCCACUCUCAAAAAAAAUUCAGCAAUUUAUUCAGUCAUUCGAAAAACCCAUCUUCUUCUUCUUCUUCUUCAUUGGCAAUAAUAGAUAGCAACAACAGAAUGGCAGAGAUUGAAUCCAACACCUCGGUUACUGUACAAGAAUGGCAGGGUUGGGGCUCGAUUUCUCCUGUGCCCUCCAUCGUUAAUCAAGUCAUUCUCGAUUUGAAUCUCUUGGAAAAAGAGAUUGUUUCUCCCAUGACCUUCGGUAGCAACCACGGAAAACUCUCGGGAGAGUUCAAGGUGUAUGAAGAUAAGAAGCAUAGGGCAAAGUAUGCUUGUUUAUCUAAUUCCGAAGAAAAACUCCAAUUCUUUUCAGCUCGACAAAUAGCCUGUCGAUUACUUGGCAGCAGGGGUUAUCUCUGCCAAAAGUGCUGGCUUCCCUUGGAAGAUUGCAUGUGUUCAAGAGUUACAGUGUGUCCCCUUUGGCAUGGAGUGCGUAUCUGGUUAUAUAUGCAUCCAAAGGAUUUUUUAAGACAAAACAAUACGGGGAAGUUAUUAUGGCAAGUUUUUGGGGUUGAAGCUGCAAGUUUGUGUCUCUAUGGAAUAGCUGAGCAUGAGAAUAUGAUGUGGAAUGAAUUGAAUCAGGCAGGUAGAAACAAGGUUUGGUGCCUUUAUCCAAAUAAGAAUGCAGAGACUGAAUCUGUGAAAGAUAGUGUUGGCUGCUCAGAAAAUCUACGGAGGCUAGCGGCACCGGGAAAUAAAUACGACACCAUGCACUUUAUUUUGAUUGAUGGUACUUGGAGCAAUUCAGGUGCAAUGUUCAGACGUUUGCAGGACCGAGCUAAAUCAGAAUGGGGGAAGGAACUUGGUUGCAUAUCUCUCAACACAGGUGCAUCUUUGAUGCAUAAACUGCGACCACAACCAUCGUGGGACCGUACAUGUACAGCAGCUGCAGCAAUAGGGCUACUCUAUGAACUCCAACUUAUUACAGAGUUAAGUUCAUUCGGAUUGGACAAACAGGCUGAAGCUAUAGAAAACGCAUUGGAAGUUUUAUUGGAAGCUCUUACUGCUCGAAGGCUCCGUAUGGGCAGAUCCGUUUCUCGUAGGGAAAGACACAGCACAGAUAUUUGCUGACCUCUCCAGAGAGAGAGACAGAGAGAGAAUGAAUAUACAAUCGUUUCAAACCUCCAGAGACAGAUUUUGUUAUCUUUCGAAUAGUGGCUUCUUAUUUUGGCUCCAACAAAGAUAUAAUUACGUCUUCGCCACUGGUAAAGAGCAUAGAGUAUGGUGCAUUUAGGCAGAGGAUUUUUUUUGAUUAUUUAGUGACUGAUUUAUGGCAAAUGAUUUGAUUCUCCAUUAGAGAUAGAUAAUCCUCUCAGCAGUUAGUUACCCUUUGUGGCAGCAGUGAACAGAUAGAUAAUCAAGUGUGCUUAUGGAAAAAUGUCAAGUAAUGAAUGUUAAAUCAAUUGAAGUUGCUUUGAUGGAU